AUGGCCUGCUACUCCUCUCUCCCCCAGCUGCUACCCCUUCCCCCAGCUGCUUCCUCUCUCCCCCCAGCUGCUACCCCUCUACCCCCAGCUGCUACCCCUCUCCCCCCAGCUGCUACCCCUCUCCCCCAGCUGCUACCCCUCUCCCCCCAGAUGCUACCCUCUCCCCCAGCUGCUACCACUGCCCCCCAGCUGCUACCCCUCUCCCCUAGCUGCUACCCCCUCUCCCCAAGCUGCUACCCCUCUCCCCCCAGCUGCAACCCAUCUCCCCCAGAUGCUACCCUCUCCCCCAGCUGCUACCACUGCCCCCCCAGCUGCUACCCCUCUCCCCCUAGCUGCUACCCCUCUCACCAAGCUGCUACCCCUCUCCCCCCAGCUGCUACCCCUCUCUCCCUAGCUGCUACCCCUCUCCCCCAGCUGCUACCCCUCUCCCCCCAGCUGCUACCCCUCUCCCCCAAGCUGCUACCCCUCUCCCCCAGCUGCUAA